AUGGCUCGAGUGGAGGAGUCCCAUUAUCGCCGCUUGUUCCGCGAGUUUCUGCGCCAGAGUUACAUCAAUGGCCUACAUCCGUUCCUCUACCACUCACCCGUUCGAUAUGCCAAAGUUCUCUGGCUUGCCCUGCUCACCGCCAUUGUGAUCUACACCCACUUGGAGAUCGUGAACCUCACCCAGGAGUACCUGGUGCAGCCCACCGAGAUCCACAUGUCGCCCAACCUCGUCCACGUGGCCAACAGCCCCUUUCCGGCGGUGGGCGUGUGCACCGCCAACAGGAUCAGCCAACGACUACUCCACGAUUAUGCGGUUAAACUAUUUCACCACCAGGGCAACUCCUCGCUCCAGAAGGUGGCCCUAGAUGUGGCCGAUAUGGCCGAUCGCCUGCUGGUUCUGGCUCAGUACUACCUAAACCCAUUCGAAUUCGAACGUUGGAAUGCCUCUGAGCUGAAUCAACUGCACUGGCUUCUACUGAGUUAUUAUCGUAACUCUGCAUACUCGAUUCGCGAUAUUCUGAGGGAGUUGUCGCCCGAUUGCGGGGAGUUGGUGAUCAAGGGCAUUGUCUUCGGGGCACCUGUCAACACCAGCCAACUGUUCCUGAAGCGACCAACCUCGACGAAUGUGUGUUGCAUAUUCAACUACCGGCGGCCCAGCUAUUCACAUUUUGCGGACAAGCGAGCCGAGCAAGAUGCAGAAAUGAAUUCUGUUCCGAAAGUCGUAUUUGAGUCGAAUUCCAUUUUAAAUAGCGUUCAGUUUGUGCUACAGGAUACUCCUAGGAACGAUUUUACAAACACCUAUCGUUCAAAUAACGCUUUUCAGCUUAUUAUUUUUCCCCAAGAUGACUACCCCACCAUACAGUCUUCUACUUUGGGAGAGAUCCUUGUGGAUCAUAACACCGUUGUAGAGAUUCCCAUUCAGCCAAUGUUCUUUAGUUCAACCAGUGGAGUUCAUGCAGUUCCGCCAGAAAAACGACGUUGCUAUUAUCCUGAGGAAGGCAGUAAAGUGCUAAACCAAUCGUUUUAUUCCCUGGACGAGUGUCUUCUGGUUUGCCGUAUGAGAAGCAUGGUCGAUCAUUGUGGCUGUGUUUCUCCGCCGAUGUUGGGCAGUUCCCUCGAUUUACCGAACUGCCUUCUACCCGAUCUUCCCUGUUUGAUGAAGUGGAAGGAUAUCUGGUACGGCCAUGAUGAGUUCGCCUUCCUGCAAAACAAAGAUGGCCAGUUGGCCCAACGGCAAUGCGAGCAUUGUCUGCCCACCUGUGACGGAGUUAGCUUCAGCAUCACCAGCAAUGUGGCUCCCUUGAGAUCAAACAUCAAUACUACGGGCUAUUCUGUCGGAUUGCUAAGGGGAUUAACCAACGAGCGACCAUUGGCCAUAAUUAAGCUCUUCUUCAAGCUGCGUUUCGCCCCAGCCACUAGAUCCCAGCUAGUAAGCACUUGGGUUGUUCUUCUUAAUCGCUUUGGCGGCAUCCUCUCGCUCAUGUACGGCUUCAGCAUAGUCAGUUACAUCGAGAUCCUCUACUAUCUCACCGGAAAGUGGUUCGUCUAUAUAUACAGAUCGCUUACAGAGAAAAAGCCUGAAAAAGGAAACUACUCUCACUCGCUUUAUUGGCAAGAAUUGAUCCCCAAAGUCCUUAAACAUCUACCACAAAAUAACGAACCUCAAAAAUAA